AAAAAAGCGUCAAAAAAAUAAAAAAUAAAAUAAAAUCUAAGGUAGAAGAAAGAGGGAAGAAGAAGAGCAAGAAAGAAAAGAAAAAGGAAAUUAAAAUGGCAGCGGCCAUUUCCGUCAACCACAUUCAUUUUCCGCUGAGGUCGAGCAACUGCAGCAGCAGCAGAAACACUUCUCCUCGCUUAUCCUUUCUCGGCCUGAAACCUACACACUGUAAAACCCUAAAGAUCCUGAAAUCAUCGCAGACUGAUGCCUUUCUUCCGAGAGGGAGGGCGAGGUCCCAAAAGAAUCCUCGCUCCUUCGUCAUUCGAUGCGAAGCUACCGGGAAUGGAAGGAUAACUCAACAAGAAUUUACAGAGAUGGCUUGGCAAGCGAUCGUUUCCUCACCAGAAGUGGCAAAAGAGAGUAAGCAUCAGAUUGUGGAGACGGAACAUCUGAUGAAGGCACUGUUGGAGCAGAAGAACGGGCUGGCUCGUCGUAUAUUUUCCAAGGCAGGAAUUGAUAAUACUCGUCUCCUUGAAUCAACGGAUAAGUUCAUUCAGCGGCAACCAAAGGUUCUAGGGGAAACAGCUGGUUCCAUGUUAGGCCGAGACUUGGAAGCUCUGAUUCAGCGGUCAAGGGAUUACAAGAAAGAGUAUGGUGAUUCGUUUGUGUCAGUUGAACAUCUAGUUCUUGGUUUUGCACAAGAUCGGCGAUUUGGACAGCAACUAUUUAAAGAUUUCCAAAUUUCUCUCAAGACUCUUACAUCUGCCAUUCAAGCUAUAAGAGGACGCCAAACAGUUAUUGACCAAGAUCCUGAGGGGAAAUAUGAGGCCUUAGAUAAAUAUGGGAAGGAUUUAACAGCUAUGGCACGAGCAGGGAAACUUGAUCCUGUUAUAGGGAGGGAUGAUGAAAUACGACGAUGCAUACAAAUUCUUUCGAGGAGAACAAAGAACAAUCCUGUGCUAAUUGGUGAGCCGGGGGUUGGUAAAACUGCGAUUUCCGAAGGUCUUGCCCAAAGAAUUGUCCAAGGGGAUGUGCCUCAAGCUUUGAUGAACCGCAAGUUGAUUUCCCUUGACAUGGGUGCUCUAAUUGCGGGGGCGAAAUUUCGGGGAGAGUUCGAGGAUAGACUAAAAGCUGUACUGAAGGAAGUGACUGAAUCUGAUGGGCAGAUAAUCCUCUUCAUUGAUGAGAUCCACACUGUUGUUGGGGCAGGUGCCACAAAUGGCGCCAUGGAUGCAGGCAAUCUGUUGAAACCAAUGCUUGGUCGCGGAGAGCUGCGAUGUAUUGGUGCAACUACCCUUGAUGAAUACCGCAAAUAUAUUGAAAAAGAUCCAGCCCUUGAGCGUCGUUUCCAGCAAGUUUAUGUUGAUCAACCUACAGUAGAAGAUACAAUCUCAAUAUUACGUGGGUUGCGUGAAAGAUAUGAGCUGCAUCAUGGGGUACGCAUUUCUGACAGCGCACUUGUUGAGGCUGCAAUUCUUUCAGACCGUUACAUCAGUGGUCGCUUUUUGCCUGAUAAAGCAAUCGAUCUAGUUGACGAGGCAGCUGCAAAACUGAAGAUGGAGAUAACUUCCAAACCAACUGCUUUGGAUGAAAUUAACCGUUCUGUAUUGAAGCUAGAGAUGGAGCGUUUAUCUCUUACUCAUGAUACAGAUAAAGCUUCAAAAGAUAGGUUGAGUCGCUUGGAAGCGGAGCUGGCUAUCUUGAAAGAAAAGCAAGCUGAGCUGACUGAGCAGUGGGAGCACGAGAAAUCUGUAAUGACACGCAUUCAGUCUGUCAAGGAAGAGAUUGACAGGGUAAAUCUAGAGAUUCAGCAGGCAGAACGUGACUACGACCUUAAUCGUGCUGCGGAAUUGAAGUAUGGGAGCCUUAUGUCUUUGCAACGCCAACUAGAAGCUGCAGAAAAGGAGUUGGAUGAAUAUCAAAGAUCUGGGAAGUCCAUGCUAAGAGAAGAAGUUACAGGUGAUGACAUUGCUGAAAUAGUCAGCAAGUGGACGGGCAUUCCUGUUUCAAAGCUGAAACAGUCAGAAAGAGAGAAGCUGUUACAUUUGGAAGAAGAGCUGCAUAAACGUGUUGUGGGUCAGGACCAAGCUGUAAAAUCCGUAGCAGAGGCCAUACAGCGAUCCAGGGCUGGUCUCUCUGAUCCACAUCGUCCUAUUGCUAGUUUCAUGUUCAUGGGUCCAACAGGAGUUGGCAAGACGGAGCUUGCCAAGGCGCUUGCUUCUUACAUGUUCAACACUGAAGAAGCUCUUGUGCGGAUUGACAUGAGUGAGUACAUGGAAAAGCAUGCUGUUUCCAGAUUGAUUGGAGCUCCACCUGGCUAUGUAGGCUAUGAGGAAGGUGGGCAGCUUACAGAGACUGUCCGUAGGAGGCCAUAUUGUGUUAUCUUGUUUGAUGAGAUUGAGAAAGCUCAUUCCGAUGUGUUCAACGUAUUUCUUCAGAUUCUGGAUGAUGGCAGGGUGACUGAUUCUCAAGGCCGUACAGUAAGCUUCACCAAUACUGUUAUCAUCAUGACAUCGAAUGUGGGUUCCCAAUACAUUCUCAACACAGAUGAUGAAACUUCGUCGAAGGAUUCAAAUUACGAAAUGAUUAAGCAGAGGGUACUGGAAGCUGCCAGAUCAAUAUUCCGUCCCGAGUUUAUGAAUCGUGUCGAUGAAUAUAUAGUUUUCCAGCCUUUAGACCGGGAGCAGAUAAACAGUAUCGUGAGGUUGCAGUUGGAACGAGUACAGCAAAGGGUUGCAGAUCGGAAGAUCAGAAUUCAAGUGACUGAUGCUGCGGUUGAGUUGUUGGGAAGUCUUGGGUAUGACCCCAACUAUGGCGCCAGGCCAGUGAAACGUGUAAUCCAGCAGAACGUUGAGAAUGAGCUGGCGAAGGGUAUUUUGAGAGGAGAGUUCAAGGAUGAGGACACUAUCUUAAUUGAUACGGAGGUUACAGCAUUCUCCAAUGGCCAGCUCCCCCAACAGAAGCUGGUAUUUAGGAAGUUGUAUUCAGGUUUGGAUACACCAGUGCAAGAAACCCGGGUAGAUUUCUCACCGAGCCACUGAUGUUUUUAAUUUCUCCCCAAUAUAGGUUCUGUAUAAAGCACUGUUAAAAGGUUCCUGCAUGAGGGAAAUAGCCAAACAUCAUCUUUGUAUGCCAUGUUGUUUCUCUACAUCAAAUCUGAAAAGAAGAAAAUGAGAAAGAAAAUACCAAGUUCUUGUUUU